AUGGCAUCGAACCCGCCGACGACAGAGAAUGCCGAGCCGGCACCUGCCGCGCCGGCCACUGCGCAGCCCGAGACCGACACUGGAUAUGCGCCGCUCGUGGACCCGAGAUUACCUACGCAGAAAGAUACAUCAUUGAAGGACUUCCUGAACAAGAUGGACGACUAUGCGCCUAUCAUCCCUGAUGCCGUCACGAAUUACUACAUGGCAAAGGCUGGCUUGCCACCCCCGCCCCAGACAGAUCAGCGCCUGGCGCGCCUGCUCGCGCUGGCGACUCAGAAGUUCAUUGCGGACAUUGCCGCCGAUGCGUACCAGUACAGCCGUAUUCGCGCCAGCAACACAAGCGCGAACAACCCCAUGGGCAGCUUGGGCGCUGCAGCGGGGUUCCCGAUCCCUGGCCAGCCGACCAACCAGCCAGGCGGCAAAGAUCAGAACAAGGGCGCACCGCUAGGAAUCCAGAGGCCAGGAUAUGGCGGUGGUGGUCAGGGUGGAAGCCAGAACAGGACAGUCUUGACCAUGGAGGAUCUGGGCAUGGCUGUUGGCGAGUACGGUGUCAACGUGAAGCGAAGCGAGUUCUAUCGCUGA